AUGUGUCCUCUAGCCUCAUCUCGGGGGAGUCCAGUCGUAGUUGCCUCCAAUCGUGUUUCAUCCUCACCUUCUUCGAGUAGGCCUCAAUCAGCUUCAUCGGUGAGGUCUUCAUCCUCAAUAUCCCAUCAUUAUAAUCAAUAUAGAAAUAAUACAAGUAUUCAGAGUGCAGCUGUGAGCCUGAGUAGUGUUCUACCGGGAGGAUCUAUCAUCAAUGGAAUACCAAAGGCCAAUUUCAGUGCUGGCCGAAAGACUGUCCUUAAUGCCACUCAAGAGAAGGACAAACCUCGAAAACGACCCAAUGUUAGCAAUGAAUCAUCGAAAGAAUUGGUCAAUGAAGUAAGAAGGAAAGCAAGAUGUGGCACUCAUUGUAACGAGGAAUCUAAGACUCCACCUCCGCGACUCAUGAGGAAACGGCCACAAUCAGCAAGUGUUUACCAACCCAGAAAUGUUGUUGUUGAUCCCCCAGACACAAGCGGAGUGCACAGAAGGCGAUUAGUUACGCCAACACGAGAGAGAACCACCACAGAAAGUGAUCCCACCUGCGACAAUGCAAAUGAAGACCUAAAUGUCAAGAGUAUUCUCACAUUUGAUCCAUCUUCUCUCUCAAAAGACGACCAGAAAAAGGUGUCAGAUUUUGGUAAAGUUGGAAAAAAGCAGAACUCAUCGAUGGCAUUAAGGUCGUCGUUUGAACAAUCCUCGCUGGUGAAUGUUAAGGUUUGUAUGAUUUUAACAUUGAUUUGUACUUACUUUUCAAAUUGUGCUACCUACAACCCUGUCAUUACUAAUCAACUAUGA